GGCAGAGUACUAUUAGGUCCACUUUUCUGCUUGUUUUGGGAUAUUCCUUAUUUUGUACAUUUUCCAACCUGGAAAAGCAUAAACUUCACCAGAAAUUUCUGCUGUUAAUUGCAAUUCCUCAUGACAUGAAACAAACACUGCAUCUGCAUUGGCUGCUUUUAUUUUGUUUCAUUACUUAUUACUUAUUCGUUCAUGUUUUUACUGUUAGAAAACUUCAUAAAGUCUUUUCCAGAAUUGAUAUUGGUUAUGUCCCACUUAUAUGUUCACAAUUUAUAUGUUUGACAUACACAUCAUCAUAUGACAAACUAACUUUGAAAAAUGACUAAAUUUUAUCCCAUGUCAAGCUCAGGAGCUUAGCCUGCCUAAAAAAUGUAAAUCUUGUAAAGAAAUUGUGGAAUUAUAAUGUAAUUUUCUGAUGUAGGCCUUACAGUUUAAGUUUCACAUUCAAAAUCAUGAAUGAUUCCACCUACAUUUUCCGCCACAAAGAGUCUCUAUUGCUUGGAUUGAUUGUGGAGUGACCUCAAUGGACGAUUUCUUGAAAGAAUUCUUCCCAGACGUGUACAGAAAGAAGCACGCGCAUUUGACAGAGACUGACUAUUGUAAAUAUGACAACCAAGUGUUGACACUUUUCACAUCAUCUCUUUAUUUCUCAGCACUUGUUAUGACAUUUUUUGCUUCCCAUCUAACAAGAAAGAAGGGUAGAAAGGCCACCAUCAUAGUAGGAGCCAUUAGCUUUCUUGUUGGAGCAAUCCUCAAUGCAGCUGCACAGAACAUUCCAAUGCUAAUCAUUGGCAGAGUCUUUCUUGGUGGAGGCAUUGGCUUUGGUAACCAAGCUGUUCCUUUGUAUCUAUCUGAAAUGGCUCCGGCUAGAAAUCGAGGAGCAGUUAACCAACUGUUUCAGUUCACAACCUGUGGUGGGAUCUUAAUUGCAAACUUGGUGAACUAUUUCACCGACAAAAUCCAUCCUCAUGGUUGGAGAAUAUCACUUGGUUUGGCAGGUGUUCCAGCGAUUCUAAUGCUUUUGGGAGGUAUAUUUUGUGCUGAAACACCAAACAGUCUUGUGGAACAAGGAAGAUUGGAUGAAGCAAGAAAAGUGUUGGAGAGAGUUAGAGGUACAAAGAACGUUGAAGCUGAAUUUGAAGAUUUAAAAGAUGCAAGUGAAUUAGCACAAGCAGUAAAGAGUCCAUUUAAGAUACUUCUAAAGAGGAAGUAUAGGCCACAACUAAUAAUAGGUGCAUUGGGGAUUCCAGCAUUUCAGCAGUUAACAGGAAAUAACUCAAUCCUCUUUUACGCACCUGUCAUCUUCCAGAGUUUGGGAUUUGGUGCUAAUGCAUCUCUUUUUUCAUCUUUUAUUACCAAUGGAGCUCUCCUUGUUGCCACUGUCAUAUCAAUGUUUUUAGUUGACAAGUUUGGUAGAAGAAAGUUCUUCCUAGAAGCUGGUUUUGAAAUGAUAUGCUGCAUGAUUAUUACUGGUGUGGUUUUGGCAUUGGAGUUUGGACAUGGAAAAGAACUUUCAAAAGGAAUAAGUGCAUUACUUGUUAUAGUGAUUUUCUUGUUUGUGUUGGCAUAUGGAAGAUCUUGGGGUCCUCUAGGAUGGUUGGUUCCAAGUGAGCUAUUUCCAUUAGAGAUAAGGUCAGCAGCACAAAGUAUUGUGGUUUGUGUCAACAUGAUCUUCACUGCCCUUGUUGCACAAUUAUUUCUAUUGUCACUUUGUCACCUCAAAUAUGGAAUCUUCUUGUUGUUUGGUGGAUUAAUUUGUGUCAUGAGUUGCUUUGUGUUCUUCCUUUUGCCGGAAACAAAGAAAGUUCCAAUUGAGGAGAUUUAUCUGCUUUUUGAAAACCAUUGGUUCUGGAAGAACAUUGUCAGAGAAGAAAGUGACCAAGAGCAAGGAAAGCCAAACAGGAAGUCAGUAGUAGCUGCUUAAAAUUCUCAACAACAAACUACAUUGAAGUCAACAAAUGUAUAUUUAUUUUUUUUGUAAUCAACUGUUUCAUGCUUGCAUGAUAAACUAUAAGUAGAUUACAGACUUUCUUAGAGGAUAUGUUUUAGCCUAUUUUUAAUCUCUUCCUUUCAAAUUUAGAGAUAAGAUAAAACCAACUAAUAAAUUUACCUAUCUCA